AUGACUGAUGCAAUCUCAUUGUCAAAAUUAUCUAAGCUCCAAAGACAUAAUGUGGGUAAUAUGAAAGAUAUGAUUAGUGAAUUACCUGAGGGAGUUCUUCUUUAUAUUCUUUCUUUUCUCCCUACAAAAGAUGCCGUAAGAACUACCAUAUUGGCCAAAACAUGGAGGUACUUGUGGACUCACUUAUCUGUCUUUGAUUUUGAAGUUUUUUGUCAUCAGCAUGGGUCAAAGCCAAAACAGAAGUCAGAAAAUCGCCUCAUAAAUCAAGUGGACAACCUACUUCAGAGAUCUAACCGUGUAGAAAGACUAUGCAUUAAAGUACGCGGAACUAUUGAUGCACAAAAAGCUACUUCUCUGUUAUCUAACACAUUACUGCACAAAGUCCCUGAUCUUAAACUUUCCAUAGAAAUAGAAUAUAUAAAUGACAUGUUUGUGUUACCCAAUAGUUUCUCAGCAUCGCAGUCGUUGAAUAACUUGUAUCUAGAAUUUGAUUUUAAUCUUAAUAUAGGUGAUGAUAUUUGUUUCCCUAGCUUGAAGACAUUAUAUCUUUCACAUAUUUGCUUUGUAAAUGAAAAGUCGGCUCAACGACUGUUGUCUGGGUGCCCUGUCCUACAAGAGUUGACCUUGUUCAGAUGUUCUUUGUUGAACGUAAAGCAGAUCAAUGUUGCAAUGUCCGCAUUAAGGAAGUUAACCAUCGAGGGUCUAGGACUAGGUUAUCCUUUUCACAAUUGUACAAUCAAAUUUGAUGUUGGGAAUCUUUUAUCUUUAAGUUACACAAUCAAUCCUGCUAUAAAUUUUUUCCUUGUCAACCCUACUUCCAUAGUUGAUGCAUCUAUUCAUCUUCGGCAUUUAUAUCAGCAAAAUGAACAACUACAUAUCCAAAGUGUAAUUGAGCUAUUGAGUCGACUUAGUAGUGUCAAAACUCUCAGUCUAUCAAAUUAUAUUCUUCAGGUAUGUUUAACACACUCUUCAUCUUUUGCCUUCGUUCGACAAUUUGAUGCAUUUCUUUGUAAGACUCCUAAACUGGAAGUUCUUCAUAUUAAUAAGGGAUCUUCCUUAUUCUUUGAUGAAGGAUGGACAUCAAAUUCAUUGCCUUGCUGUUUGAAAUCGUCUCUCAAAUUAUGUUUUAUUUCAAAUUUUCAUGGAAAUGAAGAUGAAAUUCGAUCGGUACAGUUUUUGUUAGAAAAUGCUACAGUCUUAGAGUAUAUCAACAUAUUCUGUUCGGAAUAUUUAUCACUAAAUUUGGAGGAGCUGGCUGAUGUCAGGAACCAACUGCAACAUUUAGGCCUGGGUCGACGUUGUAUCAUCAAGCUUCAGUAA